AUGGCGAAGGCAUUGCAGCAAAUUCCGGAGUUGGGUUUUAAGGAAACUAUCCUUGAAAUCCUGAGUGGCCAACAACAACUUAUGGCCAAGAUGUCCGAGCAGAUUGCGGCCGCAUUGAGCGGAACUUGCCGAACAUCCCGUGACAGCGAAUUCGUGCUAGAUUCCCUGGCGAGUAAUAUCACCGAGUUUGCUUACGACCCGGACAAUGGAUGUUCGUUCGAGGCCUGGUUCGUAAGGUAUGCGGAUCUGUUCGAGAAGGAUGCAGCUCGACUUCCGGAUGAUGCCAAGGUACGACUAUUACUCAGGAAGCUGAAUCCCGCAGCACACGAAAGGUAUACCUCUUUCAUUCUACCGAAGCUCUCUAAAGAGUUCACGUUCGAGGAGACGGUGUCCAAAUUAACAUCCAUAUUUGGCACACCUGUUUCUACAUUCAAUCGCCGGUAUCAGUGUCUCCAAACUCAAAAAGAUGACACUGAGGAUUUCAUAAGCUACUCCUGUAAAGUUAACCGAGCUUGCGUUGACUUCAAGCUAGAGGAUUUGAAAGAGGACCAAUUCAAAUGCCUGAUAUUCGUGUGCGGUCUCAGGUCAUCAAAGGAUUCAGACAUCCGCAUGCGUUUGUUAUCCAAAAUGAACGAGACGAAUGACAUGUCGCUGGAGAAGAUCGUCGAGGAAUGCUCAGACCUAAUGGAUAAGUUUGGGCUAUGGGACGUUCCAUUUUCGUCAUUCUGCAAGCCGGUCGGUCAGGCGGCCAAUACCGAACAAAUCGACGAGCUGAAGUCCAAGUUUCCGAAUGUUUUCAUUGACCGGAUGGGGCUUUGUACGAAAACCGAAGUCCAGUUUACCCUGAAAAGCGACGUUCGUCCGGUGUUCAGGCCCAAAAGACCGGUAUCAUACAGCAUGGAAUCUGUGGUGGCGGAUAAACUGAAGCGACUUGAGGGCAAAGGCAUAAUUUCACCGGUAUCCUACGCCGACUGGGCGGCACCGAUUGUCGUAGUUCGAAAACCUGAUCGGUCGGUGCGCAUAUGUGCAGAUUUCUCCACGGUGUUGAACGAUGCCCUCGAAUCCAACAACUACCCUCUGCCAUUGCCGCAGGACAUCUUCAAUCGCAUGGCUGGCUGUACCAUGUUCAGCCACAUCGACCUCUCCGAAGCCUACUUACAAGUGCCGGUGGCUGAUGAAAGUAAGAAGCUUGUAACCAUAAAUACUCACCUUGGUCUCUACCAGUAUAACCGGUUACCACCCGGAAUCAAGAGCGGCCCGGGGGCAUUUCAACAAAUUAUGGACGCCAUUUUAAGCGGAAUACCCUGCACCACUCCAUUCAUCGACGAUAUCCUCGUUGGUGGUCGUUCUCCCGAGGAACACAAACGGAACCUGCAUUUGACACUUCAGCGCAUGGAAGAAUAUGGUUUCACCGUAAAAAUUCAAAAGUGUCGAUUUUUCAUGCGCCAAGUGAAGUAUCUGGGUCAGCUACUGGACUCCCAAGGCAUCCGUCCAGAUCCAGACAAGGUCAAGGCAAUCGUCAAUAUGCCUCCACCUCAUGACGUUUCCAGCUUACGGUCUUAUCUCGGGACCGUGAAUUACUACGGGAAGUACAUCCGGGAAAUGAGGAACCUUCGACAACCGCUGGAUGCACUUCUGAAGAAAAAUUCCACAUUCCAGUGUGGACUCAAGCCUGCCAGCUUAGUUUCGACCGUUUCAAGGAGAUUUUGCAGUCUCCGCUCAUGCUACAAUCCACGGUUCCCUAUCGUGGUGUCUGCGGAUGCAUCAAAUGUUGGCAUAGGAGCACGCAUCGCACAUCGCUUUCCUGAUGGAUCGGAAAAGGCUGUCUACCAUGCAUCCCGAAGCCUGACUCCGGCCGAGUCCUGGUACAGCCAAAUUGAGAAAGAAGCGCUAGGUCUUAUUUUCGCUGUGACAAAAUUUCACCGGAUGAUCUAUGGGAGACAAUUUGUUUUGCAAACAGAUCAUAAGCUCCUGUUAGCGAUUUUCGGCUCAAAGCGCGGCAUUCCUCCAUACACCGCCAAUCGCUUACAGAGAUGGGCUCUUACCAUGCUUUUAUACGAAUUCCGCAUUGAAUAUAUUUCGACGGAUCACUUUGGUCACGCUGACAUCCUUUCUCGUCUGAUUAACUCCCACAUUAAACCUGAUGAAGAUUAUGUCAUCGCGUCAAUCGAGAUCGAAAAAGUGAUCUGCAACAUUGUUGGCCAAUCCAUCGAUUAUCUCCCUGUUUCAUACAAAAUGAUAGCAUCGGAGACUAAGGAAGAUGAAACUCUACAGCAAGUGAUGCGUUUUGUGAAACAUGCCUGGCCAGAGAAGAAAUCAUUCACCGGCGCCUCCGACGUGCAACAGUUCUUUGCGCGUCGAGAGUCGCUGUUCGUCGCACAGAAAGUUUUGAUGUAUGGCGAGCGGAUCGUAAUCCCCCGAAAGCUGCAGAAGAAGGUUCUCCAACAACUCCACAAGGGACAUCCAGGAAUAGACCGAAUGCGCUCACUGGCCAGAAACUACGUCUACUGGCCAAAUAUCGACGACCAGAUCGCAGAGCUAGUACGUUCCUGUUCAGCAUGCUCUUCGGUUGCCAAAGUGGAUACCAAAACCAAACUUCAAUCCUGGCCGAUCCCCGAGAAGUGGCCGGAAAUUGUCCCAACGGAUCGCAUCACCACUUCCGCCACCAUCACCAUUCUGCGCCUAAUCUUCGCCUGUUUCGGAAUGCCCGAAGUUCUCGUUUCCGACAACGGGACUCAACUGACCAGUGACCAGUUCGAACGAUUCUGUGAGGCCAACGGAAUCUUGCAUUUGAAAACCGCACCUUUUCAUCCCCAAAGCAACGGGCAGGUGGAAAGAUUCGUCGACACCUUCAAGAGGACAAUUAAGAAAAUUCAAGCGGGAGGAGAAGAACUGGAUGCAGCACUGGACUCCUUCCUCAGUUGCUACAAAUCGACACAAUGCCGGAGCGCACCUGAGGGGAAAUCGCCAGCAGAAAUUCUCUUUGGUAGACCGUUGCGCACUUCGCUGGAACUUCUGGGACCACCAAGCCGAUUCUACAAAGCAGUCGACUGCAAGCAAGAUCAGCAAUUCAACGAAAAGCACGGAGCUAAAGACAAAAACUUCAGCAUCAAGGAAAAUGUCUUCGCUCAAAUAUUUCACGGUAAUAACUGGCAUUGGGUUGCUGGUGAGGUUGUGGAGCGCAUUGGCAACGUGAUGUAUAACGUGUGGCUUCCGGAAUGGUAA